AUGGGCGUGCAGCCUACCAAAAUCAAGAUGGGGUUCGAUAACGCUGCCGGAAAACCUCAACAAGGCUUCGAGCUUGCUGCCGGAGAUUUCGCUCCUCAGGGACCAUCGAAGUGCUUCGAUGAUGACGGACGUCUUAAAAGAUCUGGUAAUGUUUGGACUGCAAGUGCACAUAUCAUAACAGCGGUUAUCGGCUCCGGUGUGUUGUCACUAGCAUGGGCCACCGCGCAGCUGGGUUGGAUCGCCGGACCCACCGUUCUUUUCCUUUUCUCAUUUGUGACUUACUACACCUCCUGCCUUCUCGCCGCUUGCUACCGCUCCGGCGACCCUGUCACUGGAAAACGGAACUAUACGUAUAUGGAAGCUGUUCAGAGCAAUCUUGGUGGGUUUCAAGUGAAAAUCUGUGGGUUCAUUCAGUACUUCAAUCUCGUGGGAGUGGCAAUCGGAUACACCAUUGCAGCCUCCAUUAGCAUGAUAGCAGUAAAGAGAUCAACAUGUUUCCAUGAGAAAGGUCAUGAUAAUCCAUGUGGUGUAUCCGGGACUCCAUACAUGGUCAUGUUUGGUGUUGUAGAGAUCUUCUUGUCACAAAUUCCAGAUUUUGAUCAGAUUUCAUGGCUUUCAAUGGUGGCUGCCGUUAUGUCGUUCACUUAUUCCACCAUCGGUCUCGGCCUCGGAAUAUCUAAAGUUGCUGAAAAUCGCAAAAUCAAGGGAAGUCUCACUGGUAUUAGCAUCGGCAAGGUGACUCAAACCCAGAAAAUAUGGCAAAGCUUUCAAGCUCUUGGAGCCAUUGCUUUUGCUUAUUCUUAUUCCCUCAUCCUGAUUGAAAUCCAGGAUACUUUGAAAGCUCCUCCGUCAGAGCACAAAACAAUGAAGAAAGCAACUUUAAUAAGUGUAGCAACGACGACCAUCUUCUACAUGUUCUGUGGAUGCUUUGGAUACGCCGCCUUCGGAGACAGUGCUCCCGGAAACCUCCUCACCGGAUUCGGUUUCUACAACCCUUACUGGCUUCUCGACAUUGCCAACGCCGCCAUCGUCAUCCACCUCGUCGGAGCCUACCAAGUCUACUGUCAACCCUUAUUUGCCUUCGUUGAAAACACCGCCGCUAGAUACUUCCCGGAAAGCAAGUUCAUCAACAACACUAUCGAGAUUCCCAUUCCGAUCGGAGGAUACCAACCUUACAAGCUAAACUUUUUCCGGUUGGUCUGGAGAUCCAUCUUUGUGUGCUUGACCACCAUUAUCGCGAUGUUGAUGCCGUUCUUCAAUGACGUUGUCGGAAUCCUUGGGGCGUUUGGGUUUUGGCCGUUGACUGUGUAUUUUCCGGUGGAAAUGUAUAUUGUUCAGAAGAAGAUACCGAAAUGGAGCACACGGUGGAUCUCCCUACAGAUUUUGAGUGCUGCUUGUUUGAUUAUAUCCAUCUGUGCUGCCGCCGGGUCCUUUGCCGGAGUUGUUCAUGAUCUAAAAAUCUAUCAGCCGUUCAAGACAAUGUAUUGAUUUUUAGGAAGACAAGGAGUUCAAUACACUUGUUGAUAAAACAAUCCUAAAUAGAGAGGGAUUGUCAUUCUACCUUCGUACUUUUUUGUCUUUUUGGUCAUUGUAUGUAUGUAUUCUAUGUAUUGGAAUUGAAUCAAUCCCAACAAAUGCAAGUUUGGUCUUCUAUAAAUGUGUGACUAGGUAUUUGUAAAAGAAAAGCAUUGUGCUACAAAACAAAUGGCCAUUAGGCUACAGGGAGUGUGUAGCGAAGUCAUGCGUAAAUGUGACUUGGUCAUUUGUAAGAAGCCAUGCAACACACCACCCUUAAUGUGUGUUGGGAUAUACUCACAUUUUUACAUGUAAUGUAGCCAAGUUACGUGUGAGUUACCUCCAAACACCAUGCCUAACAUCCGUAUGUGUGAUGGUCCGUGAGUGAGAGCACCUCCAUACACUAUGCCUAACAUCCAUAAAGUGUGAUGGUCCAUGAGUGAGGGUACGCUUGGUCACAAUCUCUUUCCUUGGUCUAUCUUGCUCUUUUUCUCAAUUCUAUCUUUCUCUUUCUACCCUAAACUCACUAGCAACUUAAGGGCAUGGUGUUGUAAACCAUUCUGCAUAGUCUAAGUGUGACCUUCCAUGAAGUUGGAUACGCUCGGUUACAAUAUCUCUCUUUCCCUCUCUAUAUUGCUACUUCCUUACUCCUUGACACCAUUUUUCACUACUAAUGACUUUUAACUACUUAUAGCCUUAUUGUAGCUCAUUACCAUUUUUCACUACUUAAUUUCGUGUAACACCCUUUUCUCAUGUAUUUUCAUUUAUAGCUUAAAGUAUAAUUUUCUUGCAAAAAUGGAC